UGAAGAUUUCUUUUUCGACGAUUCUUCUUUUCCGAUUAAAAACAAUUCUGAAGGAUGGUAGUAUGAGUAUUCUUAAUUGAAAACAAAUUGUACUUAGGUUUCCCAAAAAAAAUCUUACGAACCUUCUCCAAAGAUUCUGUGACACAGUAGAAAGAUCGAAAAAAAUCUUCUCUACAUCGUUAAUCUCUCUCUCUCUCCUCCCUACUUUUUGGAACCAUUAUUUGUCCACGCGGCAAAGAUCUCAUACUUUUUGUCAGAAAACAAAGACAAGGAGUAGACAGUAAAUUGUUUCGAAAAGUUACAACCUAAAUUCCAACCAAACAAUCGUUUUCUAACAUGAAGUUUAGUGCUCUCGCUCUCUCUUCCAUUGCCAUGGGUGCAAUGAUGAUGCAAUUUGAUUCGUCAAAUGCUGCUGGUGGUGUCCGGAGGGACCCUCGUCGUCUGCAGAGCAAUAGCAAUUGUCUUUCGAUCAGUAAGUUUUUAUAACACGCAAAACGAACCAUGGCGCUUGUCGCUGUAUGUAGCAAUCAAACGUGCGUCCAUUGUAUACCAACCAUUUUCGACUGCAGCCUUCACAGGUCUAACUUUUCUUGCUUAUUUUUUGGGCUACACUAGCGGACUACGUCUGUUCCGACGAAGAAUACUCUUCGCUUUGUAGCGCACUGAAGGCGUAUGAUCUAGCUGACAUGUUGCAGGAUGGUGAAUGGACACUUUUCGCACCAACAAACGAGGCGUUUGAGAGACUUCCGUCAUCUUAUGCUGACGACUACCUCAGCAUUUUGCAAUUUCAUGUUCUUAAGGAAACUAUUAUGUACGACGAUUUGGUCUGUUCUGACACAGUCGUCACGGUUCAAGGUCAAGAUUCGCGAACGAAAUGUUCUGAGCAAGGUAAAUUUCAAACUGGAGGUGGCAAUCUUGUCACGGGAACCAAGCCUAUGAUCACGAACCGUGAUAUCAAGGUUUGUAACGGAAUCAUUCAAGGUAUUGAUGAGGUCAUGCUACCAAGACUCAAGAUCGCGAGUGUUGGUAACGAUGAAUCUGAGGAGGGUCCAGAGGAGUCAAACAAUGAGUCUACAAGUGCUAUCAAAUCAAAUGAUGAUAGCGGUGAAAAUUUGGUCUGUUCUGAAGUGAUUCGUUCUCAACCAAAGAAUGAACCCUGGAGAGCUUGUGGAGUUGCCUUGUAUCCUUCCGGAAAGUCUACACUUCCGCACCCACCGAAUGUCUGGCAGAAAAAUAAUUGCUAUGACGACGAGAAUGCAGAUGCCGUAUACGAUAUGGCAAUUAUUGGUGCUGGAAUCGGAGGUGCUUAUCUCGCCAACCAAUUGCGUUUGGGUCUGGAACAAUCGCGCACCAUCGCUAUGUAUGAAGCAGGGCAAAAUGUGGGAGGGCGAUUGAUGUCGGCCUUUCAUGCUGGUGCCCUCGGUAUUCCUGUUCGACCUUUGAGUGAUGUAAGUUUCAUACAUAUCUCGUUGCAAUAAUAUCCUCAAAUUCAUUAUUUGGAAAAAAUUGACAACAGCACAUCCGUCUCUAACACCCAUGCCCUGUUAUCUGACUCUAACACUAAUCCAACAUUAGGUGAACAACGUUGCUCCACCGGAAUACGGUGGAAUGCGUAUCAGUCCGGUGUACCCACUCGUCUUCGCACAGGUCAUCAAAAUGUGGGAUCAACAUUUUAAGGAAGAUGCCUUAAAAAGUAACCCGAAAGCACAAUGUGAUCUGGACUUCUGCGGAGUCCUUGAAAACAUGCCCAACUGUUGUUAUGGCCUUCUCACUCCCAUGAAUGUCGGUCGUGUAUUUUACCACAACACCCGAGAAAUUCUUGGACCGAGAAUGAUGGAAGCCAGCUUGACUGACCAUAAUAAUUUAUACAAUAACUAUACCGUAUCCGACAUUGCCGAUUACAAGGAUUUAUCACCAUAUCAACAAUGCAUCAUGUUGGCUGUUGGUGCUGUAAGUAUUUCAACAACAGAAACAGACAAAUUCACACACAUACGCACGCUCACCUGCACUUGUGUGUGUGUGUGUGUGUGUGUGUGUGUGUGUGUGUGUGUGUGUGUGUGUGUGUGUGUGUGUGUUUCUGUGUGUGUGUGUGUGUUUCUGUGUGUGUGUGUGUGUUUCUGUGUGUGUGCGUGUGUUUCUUUUUUUUUUUUUUUCGUUUCAAUUUUUUCUCAUAAAAAAAUACCUAUUUGUAUUUUUGUUUUCGCCGUUUCGCGUUCUCUUCUUUGUUCUGCCCUCAGAAUAAGUAUGCAAAUGACAAUCCAUCGUGGGAGCCUGCAAACGCUGUUGUCGGGUUCGAAGAACUCUGUAAGAAACCUAUGUGCAACUUUACUGAGGGAUAUUGUGGUCUCUGCGAGGAAUUCGUUCCCGGUGAAGAAGCGACAGCAGUAGUAUCUUGUACAGGUUACGAUACCAAUCCAGAGGGCCAAAAAAUCAGGGCUUUAAUCGGUCUAGCCUCUGAAGUUGUCAACAUUGCUGGUCAAACAUUCCUUUAUUUGGUAAGUGACUAAUAGUCUUGAUAGCUACUGCAGAAUUGUAUUAUUUGUCAUGCCUCUUGUUGUUUUUGUGAUUUUACACUCAUCUGUGAUUAUUGUAUUAUUUCAACUGUCGCCCAAUUUUCUAGUUUACUAUUGGCUACCAACGCCUUGCUCAAGGUUUGUUGGAGGGAACCGAGGUCAACAGUGAUGGAUCAGGAUAUUCAACUUUAGCUAUUGCCCCACAUUUUAUGAAGAAACUCGUUGCCGUAGGUGUAGGUCCGGGUGAUUUCGAUGAAGCAGGUAAGUUUUACAAGAAAGAUAUGUUCAUGCUCUAUCCAUUGACCUGUAGUAUAACUUAUAUUAAAUAUAUUAUUCUUUAUCUUGUUCCAGUCGCUCGUGCUAGAGUCCUCGCCCAGAAACAAGUUGAUUCUUUGAGUAACAAAGAUGUCGAAGACGAUGAUGGUCCAACCAACCCAAUCCAAUUGAAAUUCAGUGACGGAUCGAUGAUUGUAACACACAUUUCAUACCUGACGAUGCUGCCAUUUGAUGCGGUCGGCAAUCCCCUGUACGGUACAGAUGCAAUCCAGGGCCUUGAACCAUGGCAUGAACCUAUGAAGAAAAUGACUGUACCGAAUGAAUCGUUCAAGGCCAUCAUCCAAUGGCACAAUUACUCCUUGGCAGAACAUUUGGGUUAUUCAUCAUGCGUCAAUAUCGUCGAUGGCGCUGCGGGUAUGGGAAGUUGCGAUCGCAUUAUUUUAGAUGGUAAUCGUCCAGAUGGUGGCAUCGCGGAAUUAGAUUCUCAAGUAGUGCGACAAGGUGAGGCGGAUAGUGUGCUCAUUCCGCAAUUUAUCUCUUCAUUUAAAUUUGCACGUGUUUCUCAUCAUCAUUAUCCUAUCUUUGCCUCUCUCUCUCUCUCUCUCCUCAUAAAAACAGCUUGGAUGUGGGAUAAAUACCAAAUUCUUCUUUAUUCAGUUGGCGGCCAAAAAUCGCCGGCGAAUACCAACAUUGCGAUCCAAACUGAAUACGGUAUGAACACGUUGAUCAAGUUGGCUAUUGACGAACUCCGGAACGCCACCAAGGGUAUUAUUUCCAAGGUAGAUGGUAAACCUAUCGAAAUUCCUCAACCAUCUUGGUUCCGUGGCAAGAUUUGGCCCCAGGGGUCACUCAUGAUCAACUGGAAUCUAGAUGGAAUGAAGGAGACUGGAUGGUCCUCGGACGCAUUCUCGGACACCUUUCGUAGACCUUUCGGGGAAGGUGUGAACAUUUGGUAUGGAAACUCUGAGAUGUCAGCAGAUGGGGCUCUUCACGGUUGGGCCGAAGGUGCAUUUGCUAUGGCCAAUCGAAGCCUUGAUGGAAUCAGGUCGGCACUGGAUGGUCUCUAGCUAUGCAAUUAUUGAUGGAGUGCGAAAUAUGAAAUGGUCGAGUCGUUCCUGGCCCUGUUUGUUUUCUGCGAGUCUGCAUUUUGUUUAGUAUUUGUAGUACGGUAUCAUACAUACAUAUUCAUAUCUGGUACUGUACCCGGUACAGUGCUUGACAAAAAUCCGACGAGUUUCGUCGAGUCUAAUUCCCGAGUAGCUCAUGAAUAACCUCACGCUUUAUUG